AUGUCCAAUCCCAUCAUCACGAAUCGUAUCAGUCCAAAUUCAAACAUUCUCACCAACACCCCUCCUUUGCUUCCUGUCCAUUCAUCCAGCACCCCAAGUAAAAAGAAAAACACCACCACCACUAUCACCACCACUUCAUCCUCCUCUUCUAUUUUACAAAAGACAAACAGCACGAGCAAGCUUCCAAUCAAAAAGUACAUUUAUGCCAAAAUAGCCACAAGCUCAUUUCCAUCAUCCAAUCAUUCCUUUCCUUUCUUGAAUAAUGGCUCCAACGUGCCACCACCACUUCCACCAAAACCAUCAUCAAAAACUUCUUUUUCUUCCUCUAAGCAACAGCAGCCCUCAGUUCUCCUUAACCAGAGUAUAAAAGUUGACCCUAAAAAAGAAGAACUCAACGGGACACAUAAAGAUUAUGAAUCUUCCUCUUCAUCAUCCAUUCGUGUUCAGGAAAUCAUUCAAACAUACAGUCAAAUUGAUCCCCUUAUUGAGAUGCAAGAUGAAGGUUUGAAAAUUUUGAGAUCUUAUUUGAAACAACGACAAAAUGAAGAGUAUUUACUAUAUAUGGAAGUGACACGAGAAUACAAAAAGAAGAGAGAAUUGAGACAGAAUGAACAGCCAACCAUACUGCUGUUGGAGGAGUUUGAAAAAGUUUACCAUGAGUUUUUGAACUUUGAAAGUGUCACUUGCAUGAAUGUUCCUGCGAGUGUGAGAGAACAAUUUGUGAAUGUUUGGAAUGAGAAAGAAAUAAUUUGCAAAUCUUUGGACGUGUUGUCACUCUCCACUGAUAGUUGCAACAGCAACACUGCAUGUCACAAUGUCGCAACUAUUUCUCUUGAAUUGGCUCAAAAGAUGAGAAAGUGUUUGGAUGAUUUGUUCAUUUCUGUUCAAAUUCAAUUCAAGAAUGAAAUUAUGCCACAUUUCAAAAAAACAGAAGACUUUAAAACAUUCCUUCUUACAAAGCUCAUCGAAUUGAGUUCUCAACCUCAACAAGAUUCAAAUCCUUCCAAUUCUGCUUCACUUUCACCAGAGACAGUACUUAUACAAGACUUUUUGACACAAAAUGGUGAAUUAUCAAAAUAUUGUAAAGCCUUUUCAAAAAAGAAUUUGAUCACCAUGGAACAAAUCAGAAAUUUCACUUCUGAUGAUUUUCGUGACAAGAUUGGAAUUAAGAAAAUUGGUCACUUGAAACGAAUGGUCAGACUCACCAGACAACAUUUCAUGCAUGAAUAA